AUGGUCGCACCACAUUGGAUAUUGUGGUUAUAUGAGAACUACGCCCUGGUCUUGGGAGUCACAUCGAAUCGACGGAUCUAUGGAGGAAGAUUGAGGCAGACUUGUCUAACUCGCUCCUAUGCCCUGAUCCUCAACAUUGUCGUGCUGCUGACGGUGCCUUACUUUAUGUGGACAACAAUGGAAUAUAUGAAUACAGUCAGGUGGUUUCCCAAUCGAAUUCCAUAUGCCACCCAUAUAUUCUAUUCGGUUUGCUAUGUGGCCAUUGCCUAUACGCUAAUCUCCCGUAACAGUCGGGAUAAGGCUCUGCUUGAGGUGGACAUCCUUGUGAGAAGAUUAAAGCGAUUAAAGCCGAGGGAGGGAAUUGUAUCAGCGGAACGCAUUAACGGUUCUUUAAGCUAUCUGUUCUAUAUCAAAUUGAUCACUGUGACUUAUAUGUGUAUGUGCAACAUAUCGUCAUGUUUGAUGAUGCUCACUGACAGCAAUUUGGACAUAGUUUAUUGCACCUUUUUUGUUAACAUCUCCUUGACAAUUCCGCUUGUCGCCAUCUAUCGUUACUUUUUGGCACUAUGGGAUAUUGCCUGCUGCUAUCAGUAUAUCAAGGGAAAGCUGGAGCAUCUCAUGAACUGUGUGCGAAACAGAUACCCUACACAAGUGGAGUUAGAGGAGUUGCAUCGGCUGUGGUCUCUACAUGCUCUACUCGGACGCAGUACCCUCAAAUUUAAUCGUACUUAUGGACUUCUAAUGUUGACAGCCCGAUUUGAAAAUCUGGCAUUUAGUGUACUAAAUUGUUAUUGGGGUAUUCUGCUUAUCGUCACCGCGGAAGCGCCGAUUGUUGUGCUCUUUUAUGGCUCAACUCAUUACUUUAUUCGUCUUUUGGACUUUUUCCUAUUGAAUUUUAUGUGCGAUCUGACAACUCAAUACCAAAAUUGUGCAUAUCAUUCAGUUAGCGAGGGAUAUUGGUUCAAGGAGCUGAAUGCGUAUUUGCUGUAUGCGAGCACCUCGAAGCUGAAUCUCUGGGUCUGUGGCCUCUAUAAGGUGAAUCGCAAGUGCUGGUAUCAAUUGCUGUUAUCCAUUUUGAAUCUCACCAUUUUGUUGCUGCAAUUUCACUUGGUGUUGAAAAAGAAAUUCAUUUUGUAG